GGAGGAGGAGGAGGCAGCGGAGAGCAGGGCAGCAUGUUUACAGCUGCUCACGCUUCACGUACAUGCUGUGAAUAUCACACUCCAUUACUUGAUCCAACCAAAGCCACGGAACUCGGUCGACGGCGGCGAUGUUGUCGUGGUGGUGCGGCACAGGGAGGCUGUGCGCGGCGCAGACGCUCAGGACGCCCCGCUCGUGUGCGGUGCACAAAGCAAACAGACUGAGGUGCGUCACUCUGACAUUACGCAAAGGUCACACGUUUCACUGGAGCCGGUCUCUCUGUGGACCUGCUGACUCAGCACUUGUUCACCCGAGGAAGCAACAGGGAACUCAUCCCGUCCAAAGCUGGGACUGUGUAGUCUGGGACUGGAGACACCUGGACCGAGCGUCCAGGAGCGGGAGAUCAAGUGAGGGCGGUCAUUUAGAUGUUAUCAGCACGUGGAAGAGGCUCCAUAGCAGCGGCAGCAGAGGGCAGCCGCUGUGUCAUGGUUUGUUUCCAGGUAACCGCGAACUCUUCAACACCAGGACCAGCACCAGCACCAGGACCAGGAUCAUGCACAGCAGAGCUUCGUCUACGGCUGCAGCCACCAAGAGGAGCGACGUCAGCGAGAAGCCCGCGAUUACUGACCCCAACACAACGGAGCAGAAGUUAAAGGAAACAUCUGCUACGUCCUCGUCGACUGAAAAGGCCCCAGAGGAGCCCGAGCCAGAAGGAGGGAAGCCCUCCAAGACGCAGCAGCUGAAGAAAGUCUUCAAGGAGUAUGGAGCAGUGGGAGUUUCCUUUCACAUCGGGAUCUCCCUCAUGUCUCUGGGAAUGUUCUACCUCCUUAUAUCCAGUGGGAUCGAUAUGGCCGCCAUUCUGUGCAAAGUGGGCUUCAGCGAGACAGUCGUCCGCUCAAAGAUGGCAGCAGGGACCAGCACGUUCGUCCUGGCCUACGCCAUCCACAAGCUCUUCGCUCCGGUCCGCAUGAGCAUCACCCUGGUGUCCGUCCCGCUUAUUGUGCGCUACUUCAGAAAGACUGGUCUCUUCAAGCCACCCACACCGACACCAUGAAGACCCGUGCAUUAUUCUGCCUCAUUUAAGCAACACGCAUCCAGAUGAGUUCAAUUAAAAACAUCUGUACAUACUAUCUCCCUUUUUUUUUUUUUUUCUAAUUGCAUUUGUGAAUUCAGGUGAAACGUCGUCUCAAAUUGUGACAGAAUCACGUGUUUCAAGUCGUAGUUUUUUCUGUGAGAUUUAAAAAAAAAAAAAAAGUAAUAAUGUAACUGCUCACCAAACACCAGUGUAUCUGGAGUUGUGUCUUAAUGUGUGUGUGUGUGUGUGCAUUUAGAAACUCAGAAACUAAAGCACAAAACAGUCUGGAAGCUCAAAUAUUUAUAAACUGGUUAGAAGUCAGAGCAGUGCGGUGAUUUUCAGUUUCAGGACUGAGCUUCUUUUCACUGGGCAGGUUUUUUGUCCAAAUGCUGUGAAGGUUGCCCACAGGGACAACAGGAAAAGAGCUGACUAAGCCAUGUUCUGGUGUGUUGUGUGAAUCAGCAGAAUAUUCAGGUUCACUGUCUCCUACCUCCAUCCUCUCUCCGUCCUAUCCAUUCUCCUUACACAGCUCAGACUCUCUCCCGUUUCCUGAUAUUGUUUUACCUCUCUAAUAUUCUUCUCCUCAGCAUCUCUCCUGGCAUUCAAUUUCUUCUCCCUCUUUCCUUUUGCUGCUGCUUUUCCAUUUUCUCUUCAUUCGCUGCCUCUCGUUCUCUUUGCUAAUGCCACUACCCGGGCUGCCAGCACAUUAAUCUCUGAGUGAGGCUGAUUGUAGUUCAUUGCAACCUCUGAAUGAGGUUGUUUUUUUGCGGGGUUCUUUUCUGAUUGGACUUUGACUAAUAAAAGGAGUUUGUCUUUUA